AAAUCAACCAGCGGGCACUGCUCAACAAGCGCCUACGGCCACUUGAGAACAACUGCGAUCCUAGUCGCCGCGCAAAUCCUGUGGAUCUCCAAACUCCUCAGGACGAUCCCCUAUGAUACGCACCUGCAGAGAACCUGCAGCAACUGCCUCCACCACACCCCAGACAAACCCUCGAUUCCAAAAACUUACAACCCCCCUCUUCCUACUGGCAAAAAGGGACAAGGGGUUUAAUUGAGAGGGAGGGAAAGUAGGAAUGUUAAACAGAAGACUAGAGGCGUGUGCACAAGUACAAAUGCAAAACCAUUGCUAAGCUGGCUAGGGAGUUACCGGGCGCUGUGCGCGUCGCAAUGAGGGUGCUCAUGCACAAUACCCAAGAGGAGGUGCUUGAGCAGUCACAGCAGUGUGAGGAUCACGUUGGAAGAUGCCACACAGAGGCCAGGGAGAAGGGACGGGAGGGGGUAUUUGUGAUGAGAAGGGGGCACAUGGUUAUUUGGAAACAGGGAAGGGGGAGGAAUAGGUUGAGGUUGUAUUGUGCUGUUUGCAGAUUCUUUCCUGUUUCUUGCUUGCAAGUUAGGGAGAUAGUACUGACGGUAGAGGGUGUAGUAUAGGUACCAGUAAACCCCACGGACCUUGUCACUGAGACCUUCGAACCCGUUGGUAUCACAUUUCACCCUGUAGCUGCGAGCAUGAGCCACGAUUGCACCCCCAAUGCCAUCGUGCUCUUCGACCACCGGGUCCCCUGAGUCUAUGCGCUAGAAGACAUACCUGCGAACGCUGAAGUCCUGAUAUCAUACAUUGACAAUACAAUGCCUUGCGAACGCCGCCAGCUGGAACUGUCAGAGAAGUACUUCUUCGCCUGCGCCUACUCGCCCUGCGGUCGCACGGCCAGCCACGGACCGGUUCCUCCGUGCCUGGUGGGGGGUCGGAAUACCAUCGCGCGGAGCGGUACUUUGCAAUAAAUGUUGCACGAGCAUUCCUGGUGACCGCAGAUGUAGAUGUGCUCGAGCAGACAGCUUGGUCCAUACCCGACUCAGAUAAGAGUAAAGCAAUGAUCUCCAGCUUGAGGCACCCGCACAAGUGGCCUAUUUGGCCGUUACCCCGGCAGCCCUUGGCCGCUCUACGCCUAGCGCUUGUGCAGAGCGAAUACAUCCCGCCCAGAAAUUUGGAACGGGCUCUACUACGCCACUUACUGGUCCACUGACGCCUAGACCCAGUAUCCUACCAGCAGAGGUUCUACCCUAUACGAGUCGUGGACGGGUUCAAGCUUGCAAACUUGCUCUCGCAGAUUCUGGGAGUAGAUUACAGGAAGGUUGAUUGGAGGCUUCUUAGGGAGUGUGCUGCGCAGGUGGGGUGGAGUCAUGGUGGCGGUGUUGUGUUUGCUGGCGUGGUUUCUAGGAGGAGGGAGAAGGUGAGAAGGGAUUUGGAGAAGGAGCAUUAGAGGGGAUUGAUAGGGGUGAGGUUGGAGGAUAUUGUCCUUGAGGCGGAAGUGGAGAAGAUUGUUAGUAUGGUGGAGGAUUUGACUAAGGAGCUUCAGAGG